CCGCUUUUUGAUCGAAUCUGAAAUAACGGUCUCUCACUCACUGAAUCGCAAAUCCGAAAUGUCACUCACUUUGAAAUCUCCGCCGUCUGCGACUCUUUUCUCGUCGCCAUCGCCGUCGCCGUCGCCGUCGUCUUCUUCCUCUCUUCUUCAGAAAAGGUUGGGAUUCUCAACUGGAUUCGCACCUUCCACUCGAAUUUGCCACUCUCCUAGGGGAUCUCUUCCUCUAAUUUGUGCUUCCUCCGGCUUCUCGUCUUCCCUCGACACUGGUUUGACUACUGAGCUGGACGCUGUUUCUAGCUUCAGUGAGAUCGUUCCGGACACUGUUGUUUUUGACGAUUUCGAGAAGUUUCCUCCAACUGCUGCUACUGUCAGCUCUUCUCUCCUUCUGGGCAUUUGUGGCCUACCUGACACCAUAUUUAGAAAUGCGGUUGAUAUGGCAUUAGCGGAUUCUGAAUGCUUUGGGAUGGAGAACUCUGAAUUGAAAUUUUCCUGCAUUUUCAACAAGGCUCUAGUAAAUGUUGGUGGUGAUUUGGUAAAACUAGUUCCUGGACGCGUUUCAACUGAAGUGGAUGCACGUGUUGCAUAUGACACACAUGGCAUUAUCCGAAAGGUGCAUGACCUGUUGAAAUUGUUCAAUGAAAUCAAUGUUCCUCCUGAACGGUUGCUGUUCAAAAUUCCAUCUACUUGGCAGGGAAUUGAGGCUUCAAGGUUGUUGGAAUCGGAGGGAAUACAGACACAUUUGACUUUUGUAUACAGCUUUGCCCAAGCAGCAGCUGCAGCCCAAGCUGGUGCUUCUGUCAUUCAGAUUUUUGUUGGUCGCCUACGUGAUUGGGCUCGCAAUCACUCUGGUGACCCUGAAAUAGAAGCUGCUAUUAAAAGAGGAGAGGAUCCUGGGUUAGCUCUGGUGACAAAGGCUUAUAACUACAUUCACAAAUAUGGAUACAAAUCAAAGUUGAUGGCGGCAGCUGUUAGGAAUAAGCAAGACCUGUUCAGUCUUCUGGGCGUUGAUUACAUCAUUGCUCCAUUGAAGGUAUUGCAGUCCCUUAAAGAAUCAGUUACCACUCCCGACGACAAGUACUCUUUUAUUAGGAAGCUUUCCCCGCAGUCUGCAGCUAAUUACGUUUUUACUGAGGAAGAGGUGAAAAAGUGGGACCAAUUAAGCCUAGCAUCAGGAAUGGGGCCUGCAUCUUUGCAGCUGCUGGCUACUGGACUGGAAGGUUAUGCUGAUCAAUCAAAGCGAGUUGAGGAGCUUUUUGGGAAGAUUUGGCCUCCUCCAAACGUCUGAAGCCUGGCUUUGAUAUUUGGAGAAUGUUGCUGUUCCAUGAAUAAGAGGUGAAUGGCUUUGCUUGCUUGCUAGAUUCCUCUUGUCAUUCUGUUCUGCAACUCCUGCUUCUCCAGUAUCGCUUAAUGAUGAAUAAGCAUCUGUUUCAGAAUUCUGUUCUGAACUGAAGAAUAUUCAAAGUGACUGGAAAUGCCUUUUAAAAAAUGCAGUUCUAUGACAGAUUAUGAGCCUAUUUGGGAAUAAUUUUACAAUAAGUGAUCUUAGCAAAAGAGGUUUUAUGAUAA